CUCUCUCUCUCUGUGAAAACUCUCAGAUCUUCCCCCAUUUCCCCCACCCGAAUCUGAUUCCGACCCUUCCCCCCACCUCUCCCGAUCCCACGCGCCUCCGCCGCCGCCGCCCUACUCGUCCUCCGCCGCCGCCGCCGCCGCUCCUCCUCCACCAUCUGCUCGUGGGCCGAAAUGGGAAAGGGCGGUUCUGGGUCGGGGUCCCUGAGCGAGGGCGUGGUGAAGAAGAUCCUCCUCUCCUACACCUACGUCGCCGUCUGGAUCUUCCUCUCCUUCACCGUCAUCGUGUACAACAAGUACAUCCUCGACCGGAAGCUCUACAACUGGCCCUUCCCCAUCUCCCUCACCAUGAUCCACAUGUCCUUCUGCGCCGCCCUCGCCUUCCUCCUCGUCAAGGUCUUCAAGCUCGUCGAGCCCGUCACCAUGUCCCGCGAGCUCUACCUCUCCUCCGUCGUCCCCAUCGGGGCCCUCUACUCCGUCUCCCUCUGGCUCUCCAAUUCCGCCUACAUCUACCUCUCCGUCUCCUUCAUCCAGAUGCUCAAGGCCCUCAUGCCCGUCGCCGUCUACUCCAUCGGGGUCUUGCUUAAAAAGGAGAACUUCAAGGCCGACACCAUGGUGAACAUGCUGUCGAUCUCGUUCGGGGUGGCCGUCGCCGCCUACGGGGAGGCCAAGUUUGACCCCUGGGGCGUGAUCCUCCAACUGGGUGCCGUCGCGUUCGAGGCCACGAGGCUGGUCAUGAUCCAAAUCUUGCUCACUUCCAAGGGGAUCCAGCUGAAUCCCAUCACCUCGCUGUAUUACGUCGCCCCCUGCUGCUUGGCCUUCCUGUUCGUGCCGUGGAUCUUCGUGGAGUACCCGGUCCUGAAGGAGACCUCCAGCUUCCACUUCGAUUUCGUGAUCUUCGGGACCAACUCGCUGUGCGCCUUCGCUUUGAAUCUGGCUGUGUUCUUGCUCGUUGGGAAGACCUCGGCCUUGACGAUGAAUGUGGCGGGGGUUGUGAAGGAUUGGUUGCUGAUCGCCUUCUCUUGGUCCGUCAUUAAGGACACCGUGACGCCCGUGAAUCUGUUUGGUUAUGGGCUGGCGUUCUUGGGCGUGGGGUAUUAUAAUCACUCGAAACUGCAGGCUUUGAAGGCGAAGGAAGCGCAGAAGAAGGCUGCGCAGGCGGAUGAGGAGGCGGGAAGGUUGCUGGAGCAGAGGGAUGGAGAUGGAAUGGGGGAGAAGAGAGAUUCGCAAGCCUAAUUUUUGAUCGAAUUUAGAGAUAGUCGAAUAUCGAGUUGAGUAUGGAAAUAAGUUAUCAGGGAGUCUUUGGUGGAUACAAUUGGUUAGGAGGAAGGGCAAGUGAAUUGAGUGGCAUGUCUCUCAAUUUCCAUUUGCACCAUUUGGUAUGUGGCAUUUACCUUAUCCUUGUCAUCUGCUAGUUAAUGAUGUCUUGUACUUGUGGCAGGGUCGAGAUUCACGUCUAUUAUUGCUUUGGAUCUGAUUAUGUGCUUUACUUGAGUUGAGGAAUCUCUAUGGCCUGCUAUAUUUCCCAGUUUCCCCUUUUGUUCUUCAUACUAGCGAUGUAGCGACUAUCAUUUACUGAGUUCAGUGCUUAUUGACUCUUAUGAAUUAUUUAUGUAUGCGAGUUUUUUUCUUGA